CGUCGGAGAGCGGGGACGCGGGACGGAGAGACGGAGGUACUACGGUCGGACCGGACGGGCGGGCGGAGAACGGGUUGGGAUCAGGACCGAGGCUGUGGCGGAGGCGAGGUUUGGCCUGGUCUGGUUCUGCUGUUGAGAGGCUUGUAGCUGCAGUCCGCCCCGGAGACUCUGCACCAGUGACAAGAUCUACAGCUUUGGAGACUGAUGUCUUCUGUCCAUUAAACAGAAUAUUUGCUUCCUGACUUUGCAGUUGGAGAAAUUUAAGACACUGCCAGUGCCCUUUUUGAGAAAGUGCACUUUUGGGAGGGGUGUAAGCUGUCGUUCAAAUAAGGUGUAUUUGAAAAGUAACCCCCUCUUCAGAUAUGUCAAAAACAAACAAAUCCAAGUCAGGGUCUCGUUCUUCCCGCUCAAGAUCUGGAUCAAGGUCUCGAUCUCGUUCUUUUUCAAAGUCCCGAUCUCGAUCUCGAUCAGUGUCCCGCUCCAGGAAACGCAGACUGAGUUCUAGGUCCCGUUCCAGAUCAUAUUCUCCAGCUCAUAACAGAGAAAGGAACCAUCCAAGAGUAUAUCAGAACCGAGAUUUCCGAGGUCACAACCGAGGCUAUAGAAGGCCCUAUUAUUUCCGUGGUCGCAACAGAGGCUUUUAUCCAUGGGGCCAGUAUAACCGAGGAGGCUAUGGAAACUACCGGUCAAAUUGGCAGAAUUACCGCCAAGCAUAUAGUCCUCGACGGGGCCGUUCUCGAUCCCGGUCCCCAAAAAGAAGGUCCCCUUCACCCAGGUCUAGGAGCCAUUCUAGAAACUCUGAUAAGUCUUCCUCUGACAGGUCAAGGCGCUCUUCAUCUUCUCGAUCUUCCUCUAACCAUAGCCGGGUUGAGUCUUCUAAGCGCAAAUCUGUAAAGGAGAAGAAGUCAUCUUCCAAGGAAAACCGGCCAUCACAGUCUGCUGGAGAUAACCAAGGUGAUGAUUCCAAGGAGCAGCCUUUCCCUGGAGGUACCUCUCAGGAUGCUAAACCGUCAGAGAGCUCAAAGCCAUGGCCUGAGGCCACUACCUAUGGUGCUGGCUCAGCAUCAAGAGCUGCUGUGUCUGAGCUGAGCCCCCGAGAGCGUAGCCCUGCCCUCAAAAGCCCUCUGCAGUCAGUGGUGGUGAGACGGCGUUCUCCCCGCCCUAGUCCUGUGCAGAAACCCAGCCCUCCACUCUCCACACCAUCUCAGAUGGGCUCAGCUCUGCAGAGCAGCACUGGCUUUCAGGCUGGAACUCACCAAAGCCAAUUUGAUCAUGGUGCUGGGGGCUUGAGCCCAUCCAAAAAGAGCCCUGUGGGUAAGAGUCCCCCAGCCAUUGGUUCCACUUACGGCUCUUCGUCACAGAAGGAGGAAGUAUCUGCUCCAGGAGGAGUGGCCUAUUCUAAGAGGUAUCUCGAAGAGCAGAAGUCUGAGAAUGGAAAAGAUAAGGAACAGAAACUAACAAAUGUUGAUAAGGAAAAAAUAAAAGAGAAAGGGAGCUUCUCUGAGUUGGGCUUGGGAGAUCCAAAAGUGAAGUCUGACCCAUUUGCUCCUAAAGCUGAUGCUGAGAAACCUUUUCGGGGCAGUCAGUCUCCCAAGAGAUAUAAGCUCCGAGAUGAUUUUGAGAAGAAGAUGGCUGAGUUCCACAAAGAAGAGAUGGAUGAGCAAGACAAGGAGAAGUCAAAGGGCCGGAAGGAGUCAGAGUUUGAGGAUGAGCCCAAAUUUAUGUCCAAAGUCAUUGCAGGCACCAGCAAAGGCCAGGAGGACGAGCGGCCUGGCAAGUGGGAAGGCCUGGUGUAUGUGCCUGCAGGAAAGGAAAAGCAGAGGAAGGCUGAGGAGCUGGAGGAUGAUGCAUACCCCGACCGGCCCAAGAAGGAGGAGCGGGCCACUGCCAAGCGGACCGAGGCCACCACACACAGGGGCUUUGUGCCUGAGAAGAACUUCCGGGUGACUGCCUACAAGGCCCUGCCAGAGAAGAGCUCAUCCCCGCCACCCCCACCAUCCAGGAAGGCCACCACCACCACCCCGGCGGCCACUGAGGCCCGAGACAAGCUGGGCCCUCCCAGGGCCGAGAGCCUGCCCCUGGGCAAAUCCUCCUUCUCUAUCACCCGAGAGGCCCAAGUCAAUGUCCGCAUGGACUCCUUCGAUGAGGACCUGGCCCGUCCCAGUGGCUUAUUGGCUCAGGAACGCAAACUCAGUCGAGAUCUAGUCCAUAGUAACAAAAAAGAUCAGGAAUUCCGUUCCAUUUUCCAACACAUUCAGUCUGCUCAGUCUCAGCGGAGCCCUUCAGAGCUAUUUGCCCAGCACAUUGUAACUAUCGUUCACCAUGUUAAAGAGCAUCAUUUUGGAUCCUCAGGAAUGACAUUGAAUGAACGAUUUACUAAAUACCUAAAGAGGGGAACAGAGCAGGAUGCAGCUAAAAACAAGAAGAGUCCAGAGAUUCACAGGAGGAUAGAUAUUUCUCCCAGUACGUUCAGAAAACAUGGUUUGGCUCAUGACGAGAUGAAAAGCACCCGGGAGCCUGGCUACAAGGCUGAGGGAAAAUACAAAGAUGACCCAGUUGAUCUUCGCCUUGAUAUUGAACGUCGUAAAAAACAUAAGGAACGUGAUCUUAAACGAGAUAAGUCAAGAGAAUCUGUGGAUUCCCGAGAUUCAAGCCACUCAAGGGAGAGAUCAGCUGAAAAGACUGAGAAAACUCACAAAGGAUCCAAAAAGCAGAAGAAGCAUCGUCGAACACGGGAUCGGUCUCGGUCAUCAUCAUCAUCCUCCCAGUCGUCACAUUCUUACAAAGCAGAGGAGUACACUGAAGAGACAGAGGAGCGAGAAGAGAGCACCACAGGCUUUGACAAAUCUCGGCUGGGGACCAAAGAUUUUGUGGGUCCAAGUGAGAGAGGAGGCAGAGCUCGAGGGACCUUUCAAUUUCGAGCUAGAGGAAGAGGCUGGGGCAGAGGCAACUAUGCUGGCAAUAACAGCAGUGGCAACAAUGAUUUCCAGAAGAGGACCCGAGAGGAGGAAUGGGACCCAGAAUAUACACCCAAAAGCAAAAAAUAUUAUCUGCAUGAUGAUCGAGAGGGUGAAGGCAGUGAGAAGUGGGUGAGCCGAGGCCGGGGCCGGGGCACCUUUCCUCGGGGUAGGGGCAGGUUCAUGUUCCGGAAAUCCAGCACCAGCCCCAAGUGGGCCCAUGACAAGUUCAGCGGAGAAGAAGGCGAGAUUGAAGAUGAUGAGAGCGGGGCGGAAAACCGAGAGGAGAAGGACAAUUUACAGGCAGCCGCUGAGUAGAGAGCCCCUGGAGGGCAACCACCCCCAAGGGAGAGAGGCAUCUAGCACUGGCUGGGGAGAUGUCCCAGAAAGACUGAAGAGCUGAAGAGAGGAUCCUCUGCAGGGCCCCCCCCCCCCCCAUCGCAUCUCCUUCCC